UCCACGUGACCGCUUGAGCCGCGCUGCCGCUGAAGUUUCUAUGAUGGCGGCCAGUAAUUAUUAUGGAUUUACACAUGCAGCUGCUGCAGCCGCCGGACCGCAGUUCAGCACCCAGCCGCCGCCCCCUGCGUAUUCCCACCCAACCACUGGCAGCUACAACGUUCAGCCCGCCCCUGGAGUGGCCCAUGCUGUCACGGUGUCAUACCCUGCAGCUACUGCCCAACCCGCUCAGCCGGCAGUGACUGCCCCAUACCCCGCCUACCAACCCCUUCCUGCCCUCAACUAUGGCUACCACCAGCCCGAAACUUCCCAGCAACCGACGACCACCCCUCAAAGCUACCAGGUGUUAACCGAACCGGAGAAUUAUACUUACGGGCAACCACCUGCAGUCAGCAGUUACGAUAACAAGCAGUACUUUCAAACGAGCAUCACACCUGCGCAACAAACCGUAACCGAGGCCUACUUCCAGUCAGGCCUGAAGAAUGUCUACACUCCCGCGAGCACAGCAUACAGUCAACCUCCAGUUCAAAGUCAGGUCGCAACUCUGAAACCGCCACCUGCUCCUAGUUCUGUUUCCUCAAGCUACACAAUCUACCCAACGUCAACCAGCGUUCAGCAAACUCCAACCCCCAUAUCCACUUACACACCCAGUUCUACCUUCAACUCUACAGCUGCUACGACUUACUCUGUCGGUCUUAGUUAUUCCAGCUAUGACUCCAGCAUUUACACGUCCACACCAUCGUACUUCCAGCCGGCCCAACUGGCCCCCCAACCGCAGCAGACACAACAACCCCCCAAAAUGUUCAGCAACUCUUCCUGGAGCAGUGUAGUCUCCAGUUCCGCUGUUAACACAUACAAGAAGCCCAUGUUCCACCAGAACAAGAUCCAGAAACCCAAAGGCCCGCCAAAACAACCCCAGCUGCACUACUGUGAUAUCUGCAAGAUAAGCUGCGCUGGGCCACAGACGUAUCGAGAGCACCUGGAUGGUCAGAAGCACAAGAAGAAAGAAGCGGCGCAGAAGAGCAGUAGUCAGGUGACCAAUGGACCUCGCGGUGUCCAGACGCAAUUGCGCUGUGAGCUGUGUGACGUCUCAUGCACCGGUGCUGAUGCUUAUGCUGCGCACAUCCGCGGAGCCAAGCACCAGAAGGUGGUUAAGUUGCACACCAAGCUUGGCAAACCUAUACCUUCCACAGAGCCAGUUUUCGUGAGCUCUGCCCCUGCUGCCAUGACGAUGACUACUGGCAAAACAGUGGCUGCCACGGCAACAGCUCCCACCCCUACUGCUGCACCGCGAAAGACGCCAGUGGCGACUUCUUCCAAAGCGACGCCACUUCCUGGAAAAAAACCCACACCUGCUAAAGUUACCGUUGUCGCGAAUAAAACAUCUACAGCAGCUCCUGUAAAGAUGGAUGAGGUGAAGCCGCUCAUGAUGAAGAUGGACUUUCUGAGUGAUGAUGAAGAUGGUGACAGUACAGGUCCUCAGGGAGACAUUCAGCCUGUGGGACACGAUUAUGUAGAAGAGGUCUGUAAUGAUGAUGGAAAGGUGAUUCGCUUCCACUGUAAACUGUGUGAAUGCAGUUUUAAUGACCCCAAUGCUAAAGACAUGCACCUGAAGGGCCGCAGACACCGACUGCAGUAUAAGAAAAAAGUGAAUCCAGACCACCCAGUGGAGAUCAAGCUGGGUAAUCGAGCUCGGAAACUUCUAGAAGUCAAACUGAGGAAGCAAAAACAGAAGUCUAUGCUGAAGAGACAACAAGAGGAGGAGCAGCGCUGGCACAUGGAAACGAGGAGGUAUGAGAAGGACCUGUACUGGAGGAGGCUGGAAGAGGAGCAGUCAUACUGGGGGGACCAGCAGAGACAUGGAAUGGCCCCGCCCCCUCUUAUGGGCCAGCCCAGCUUGCCCGUGCCCCCCCUGCUGCCUGUCCGUAGGCCGGACUCCCCCGAUGACCGCCACAUCAUGGCUAAACACUCUACCAUCUACCCCAUAGAGGAGGAACUUCAGGCCGUACAGCGAAUCGUGUCGCAUUCGGAGCGCGCUCUCAAACUGGUGUCUGAUUCACUGCUGGAGGAGGCGGUGUCUGCCACAGAUGACAAAACAGACAAACAGUCGGAUUCUCAGGCUCGUAUUCUGAAAGGAGUGAUGCGCGUGGGAAUCCUCGCUAAAGGUCUUCUCCUACGCAGCGACCGCAACGUUCAACUCAUCCUGCUCGCGGCCAAGAAACCGACCGCAACGUUACUGAAAACCGUUGCGGAACAGCUGCCCAAACAACUAGCGAGCUUUUCUGAAGAUCAGUAUGAGGUGCAGGUGCACACUGAGGAAGCAAGCAUCGCCAUUUUAUCAAGCAAGGAACCAAUAAUGCAGGUCACCAUCUCUCUAACAUCACCAGUGGUGCGUGAAGACCCCGCCCCCAACAUGGAGAAAGUUCCAGAGAAAGACCCUCCAGAUGUUCUCAACAGGAGCAAGUGCCUUGAGUACCUAGCAGCUCUCCGUCAUGCUAAAUGGUUUCAGGCUCGGGCUAACGGUCUUCAGUCCUGUGUGAUCAUUAUUCGCAUUCUGCGCGACCUGUGUCAACGUGUACCUACCUGGGGCAAGAUGCCCGACUGGGCCAUGGAGCUGCUGGUAGAAAAGGCCAUUAGUAGUGCGUCAGGACCCCUCAGUCCAGGAGAAGCUCUGCGGAGAGUUUUGGAAUCCAUCGCCUCUGGAAUUCUUCUUCCAGAUGGUCCUGGUCUGCUUGACCCAUGUGAGAAAGGUCAAACAGAUGCUCUAGAGAGCAUGUCAAAACAAGCCAGAGAGGAUGUGACCGUGAGUGCCCAGCACGCGUUGCGACUGCUGGCUUUCCGUCAGAUCCAUGAAGUUCUUAGGAUGGGCUCCUUACCUGUCUCCAAACCUGGAGCUCGAACCCGCAAGAGACCAAGAGAGGGCAGUGACAUCGGAGAGAGAGAAGGCGAAGGAAAGAAAGGCAAAAAGGACGAUUCUUAAAAUGUUCGCAAGUUGGCGUAGUCGGCGUAAUCUUAAAAUAAAUCACAAGUUAUUAUAGUCUUUUGUUAAAUGUACAAAUCACUCAAAGAGGAACAAAUGCAAGGCUUGAUAGUUCUGCUUUUCAAAAGAAGGACAAGAGAUGGAAAAAAGUAGUUGUUCCCCUUUUUUGAUGUAAUAUGUCUUGUAUUACAUCAGAGCUGAAAAUAGAUUGAAAUGCUACUGACCUUUAAAUGCAGUGAAUGGCUGAACGUUGCUAGUGAUGAGCGACUGUCCUGUAUCUUAUAUUAACAGCUACUUAACAUCAGUUUUGCUCUACUAGGCACUUUUACAUGUUAAUAGCACUAAAUUAAAAGCUUUACCAUCACGACA